AAUGAUCACAGUCGAAUAAGUAUUUAAAUCUCUGAUAAAAAAUUAUUUCUAAUAUGAUUGAUACAAGAAAAAAAAGAUUAUUUUGUUUGACUUUUUUGGCAUGCUUGUUUCACGUUGAACAUUUUAAAAGUAAAAAAAUUCAAAUUACAACUCAAGUAAACCUCUUAAAAGGCUCAACCCUUCAAAAUGAAUCAAGUGACUGGUUUGGUGCGAGAGAAUGGCCGGAUGGGAUUGUACCGUAUGAGUUUGAUACAAACAAUACUCUUCUUGAAAUUGAAAAAAUGAUUGUAAAGGAAGCAAUGGCUCACAUUCAAAAUAAGACUUGUAUCAAAUUUGUUCCAAGAACAAAUGAAAAUUUCUUUUUGACUAUAGAAAGAGUGAACGUUUAUCCCUGUUUUACUCCUAUUGGUUAUGUUCAAGCUGGAUCAGCUAGCAUGAAAUUUGGAAAUAGUUGCACUCAAAAAUUGGUUAUGAUACAUGAAUUGUUGCACGUUUUGGGUUUUGAGCAUGAACAUCAAAGAGUUGAUCGCGAUAUCUAUAUUACUGUAAACAUGUCGAAUGUACAAAAAGGCUUUGAACAUGAAUUUAUUCGUCAUCAAAUCAACUGGACAACCCAAUAUACACCAUAUGAUAUUAACAGUGUCAUGCAUUUCGGAAACUUUGAUUAUUCAAAAUAUCUAAACCAAAGUAUUCAACAAAAAUAUCAUAGUCAAACACAAGAAAUUGAUUUCAGUAAAAAAUAUAUGACUAUCUAUAACAAUCACGAUUACAAAACAUUCUUGGGUAGUAAAUCUGGACUAAGUCCCGGAGAUGUUGAUAAAAUUAACUUGCGGUAUAACUGUAGUAUAAAAGUUCUGCAAUCUUCUGCAACCACGGUGCAACCAUGGGUUAAUAGAAUGCAACCAAUUAUUAAUACAGUGUAUAAAACAUUGCUUUUAGCAACAAAAAGAAAUCUAGCCAAAACUGUAACCUCGUUUAAUGUGGAAAACUCUACAACGUCAAAAAAAUCUACGACUUUAAAUAAAAACUAUAAUCAAAUAGAAGGUACUCUUACAAACUUUAAUCAUACAGAACCAGAUCUAACAAUUUUUACUGUUUUUCUAAUAGCGCUGUCAUUAGCUGUAUUUUUUUGUUGUUUAUUUAUAAAACAUUACGCAGUAUUAUAGUUUUAAAAAUGUUUUAGGUGAACUGUCUCGUUUGAGACAAGCGAAAGUACAAAGAAAGUAUUUCUAUACCUCAAAAUUUAUUCAAUAACGAAAGAAAACUAUUACUUUAAUUAGUCAAU